AUGAACCAUUUGACCGGGUUGAUCGUGCUGGCCGCUGCGCUCUGCGCUGGAGUGUUCGGCGAUGAGCCGGGCUCUGCCGGCUACUACUCCUACAAGAGCUUCGGUGAUGCCGAGGGAGAGUGCGCCCAGUACCUGCAGGUUCCAGAUGAUCGGCUCCAGCGCUACCAACGCGAGGGCUACCCCGAUGAGCCGGAGGUGCGCUGCUUGGUGCUCUGUGUUUUGGAGAACCUACGCGCCUGGACCAACACGAGCGGGCUGAACGAGCAAGUUCUCCAGGCCUACUUCGUUCCAUCGGCCGAGGACUGCGACAACGCCAAGCGGACGGAAAAGUGUCUGUUCUACCUACCCAAAGAGUGCGACGGUGACCGGUGUCUCCAGGCGUACCGUGCUUUCCAGUGCUACUACCAGAACUACGGUACGCUUACGUACUGCCCGCAGUUCAACAUCGAUUACUUCGACGAGGAAGUUCAGGAAGCUCUGGACCUGUUCGAUAUGCUGGACGUUUCGGAAGAGACACGUCGCAAGCUGGCCGGAGGAUGCUUCCCUAAUUGUUACGAGUCGGAGUGCUUCUUCCGUGCGUUCCUUCUCCGCGCUGACCUGUACGACGAUGACAACGGGCCCAACCUAUUCAACCUGUACAUGCAGUUCCCGGAGGAUGCUUUCAAGUCGGACAACUCGGUCACACUGGCUUGCCUGGAAAACCUGAAGAAGCUCGGUUGCAACAAGAGCAAAUGCAAACAGGCCACCGAAGUAUGGACUCAGUGCUUCGCCAACACCAAAUCCUACGCGGAGUUCGUUCGGGUCUUCAAGUACGCUGCCCAGAACUACUGA